UAACCUGAAAGCAUGUGUCAAAUUUAGAUCCUGUCCUGCAUUUCGCAUCUAUGCGCUUGUCCUGUAUGCUUGAAAUGUUGCACGGUGGGAGAGCCGUAGGUUUCACAAGCAUGCUGUAGCCCUUAUCUAUAGGUUGUAGGUGAAGCACAGAAUACUCAAUGUUGGUGGCGCUAAGUUGUUGUCUGGGCUAAGCUUUUUAUGGACGAUGAUUUGCUGCAGAGCCAGAUCAGAAGGAUGGACAUGACAGAAAAUGUGGUAUUGGAUAUUGAGAGUCUGCCUCAACAACCGGAUAAAUGCUGCACUGGAAGUCCAAAGAUGACAAGAGCCCUAUCACGUAAGGGUCCAAAUCGCACGGAGAGGAGGGGUGGCGAAGAGCAGGAUCCAGAUGAUUUGGCAAAAAAGCUUAUUAUUAAAGUUGUGCCGUCUCAACUGGAGCAGCUUAACAAAACUUUGGUUACACUGCCAUGUACCUCCUCCACACCUGUAAUAACCGACUCUGCUGAAGGUAGGAGCAAACGAUUUAAUCGGCUCACUUCAUAUCAUCCCCGGAGAAUCCUUCUCUUCUUUGCAACUUUGUCGAGCGUGGGGACGAUGAUACUGAUAUACUUCACGCUCGCCAUCAACAGCAGACCGGAAGCAUAGCCGUUGCGGUUCGUUGAGCAAAACAGAAGAGCAACAACUUGGGCGGGCACGUUGGGGAGGUUCAGUGAUACAUUCCGUAGCUAGGAUAUUGGGGUCCUAUUUUUAUUCAGAUUUUGUUUUGUGGAGGGUGAAAGAAGGAAAGCUACAGUAGCAGUACAUAGGAGGACUAUCACUGGAAGCAGCAAUCAUGAUACGUAUCUGAUGCUGGAUCAAAUACUUGUGCCGAGGCCAUGCUGGAAUUCCGCUGGCUCCUGAUGGUGAGUGCGUGUUAGCUGA